AUGGCGGGCAAAAAGAAGGCGCGCGGCCAUCGAGGCGGAGGCGGCCGCGCGGGGGCCGGGCGGCAUCGGCGGGACGAGGAGGAGGAGGACGAGGAGCUGCGCGCGCAGCAGCUCGACGAGCUCACCGCCAUGUACGCCCCGCCGCACCCCUGUCAACGGACCUCCGCCAUCUUCGCGGACGACUUUGAGCUGCGCGCGGAGCGGCCGCUGGUGGAGUAUGCGCUGCUGCUGCGCCCGCACUACUCCUUCGCCGCCCACGCCAACCUCGACGCCGUCUCCCUCCACCUCGUCGUCAGGCAAGCCCCUCCCCAGGCAAGCCCGCCCCCAGGCAAGCCCGCUCCCAGGCAAGCCCGCUCCCAGGCAAGCCCGCUCCCAGGCAAGCCCGCUCCCAGGCAAGCCCGCUCCCAGGGAAGGUCGUGGUAUGUGGCAGGAUAUCCGAGGCGGGCGUUGAAGCUGCGAGUGGAGGCGCGGGAGGGGCUGGAGCAGGAGGACGUGGUGGAGCUGGUGGCGCUGCUGCACGACCAGGCAGGCAGCGAUGGGGAGGAGGCAGAAGGCGAGGCGGCGGGCGGGGAGGAGGGGUGGGAGGAGGAGGGGUGGGCGUGGGAGGACAGUGUGGACGCGGGGCUCUUCUCCGACCCCCUCUCUGCCCUCCCCCUCGCCCCCGCUGCCUGGCCCCCUGGCCCAGGCACUGCAGGCGCAGGCAGGGGCAGGGGCAGAGGCAGGGGCGCAGGCAGGGGCAGAGGCGCGGGGGGCAGUCAGGAGGGCGGAGCUGGGAGGGGCGAGGUGGGGGGUGGAGGGCGAGGGAAAGGAAGAGGAGCGAGUGCAGGAGGAAGAGGGGGCCUCGGUGGCAGGCCAGGGGGAGAGGGGCGAGGCACAGAAGCUAGGGAGGGAAGGAGUGGAGGUACCGCUUUGGCUGGUGGUGGCGGUGGUGUGGGGAGGCCGGGUGGCGUGGGUGGUGCGGUGAAGAUGCAAAGGCAGCAGAGUGAAGAAGCAAGCGAGUCGUCACACGAGGGAGAGGAGGGGGAUGACGACGAGGAGGAGGAGCAGGAGAGUGGAGAGGAGGAGAGCCAAGGCAGCGGCGGCAGAGGGAGGCAGAGGGGCAGGGGGCUGUGGCAGCAUGGGGGCGACAGUGCAUCCGAUGGCUCUGCCUCCCACACCACCACCCCCUCCACUGCCCCCUCACCAUCCAGCAGCGCGUGGCCGCUGGGGUGUUCUGCCGUGACCCUGUCAGCGUCGGGGGGCGGGGAGGAGGACACUCAGGGGUCGGUGGGCGAACUAAUCCGGCGAGUGAGAGAGGGGCUCAGGAGCAUGCAGGUGCUGGCCGAGGUGGAGCAGCUGGUGGGGCAUCAGAGGAGCACGGCGAGGCACAGGGGAUCAGGGGGCGGGCGCACGCAGCAGGACGGUGGUGGUGAUGGAGGGGAUGAGGAGGAGGGGGAGGAGGACGAGCAGAGUGAGGAGGAGGAGGAGGAGGAUGAUGAGGAGGAGGAAGAGAGUGAAGGAAGGAGUUUUUCAACGGAUGGAGGGACGGCAGUGGGUGCAGAUGGGAGGGAUGCAGCGCAGGGAGCCACUGCAGCUGCAGCUGCGGCUCACCUACUGCGCAUGGUCACCAGCCACAACGGCCCUCUGCCCCACGCCCUGCCUGCCCUCACCUCUCAGCUGCACGCUCUUGAGGUGAUACCGCAGUGGGUGGCGGAUCUGCUGCACCAUGACCCGCGCCUCAUCGACCGUGCCUUCCACCGCGUCUUCAGCAAGCCUGCCCGCCGCCUCACUGCGCACGCCCAUGCAGACCCAUCCGUGAGCUUUCCUGCCAUGCCAUGUGCGCCACCUGUCCCUGCUUUCUCUCACGCUCCCUCCACCCAUCCUGCCCAUGCAUGUGUGCAUGCACCGGUCCAGCCGUGCAACGGGCGCUGCAGCGGUUCUGGUCGGCCAGUGCGGAGGGCGAGGGCAGCGCUGCAGAUGCAGCAGCACAGGCGUCGGGGUCGCGCUACCUCUCAGACUUCGAGGAGGUCGCCAUGCUGGGUGGGUGAGGCGAUGCCAUGCUGGGUGGGUGAGGCCAUGCCAUGCUGGGUGGGUGAGGCCAUGCCAUGCUGGGUGGGUGAGGCCAUGCCAUGCUGGGUGGGUGAGGCGAUGCCAUGCUGGGUGGGUGAGGCGAUGCCAUGCUGGGUGGGUGAGGCCAUGCCAUGCUGGGCGGGUGAGGCCAUGCCAUGCUGGGUGGGUGAGGCCAUGCCAUGCUGGGUGGGUGAGGCCAUGCCAUGCUGGGUGGGUGAGGCCAUGCCAUGCUGGGUGGGUGAGGCCAUGCCAUGCUGGGUGAGGCCAGUCCGUGCCUUUCUUGCUCUGUAUGCCGUCUCCCCUGGCAAGGGCGGGUUUGGGUCGGUGGUGCUGUGUGUGAACAAGCUGGACGGGCGCAAGUAUGCCAUCAAGAGGAUUCCCCUCCGGGGCAAGAGCCCCGCCCUCAACUCCAAGAUCCUCAGGGAGGUGGCGACGCUGUCACGGCUGCAGCACCAGCACGUGGUGCGCUACUACCAGGCCUGGUUCGAGACCGGGGCCGGCCGCUCCACUCGCCACCUGCCCGCGCACACCGACACAGACAGCAUGGAGGGCAGCGCGAGCCCCACUGCGAGCACGUCGCUGGCGUCGGCAUCGGAGUGGCUCACUCGCGAUGCAGACCUCACCCACUCCCACAGCUUGCCGGGGGGGAGGGACGGCAGGAAUGGGGGUGAGGCGGAAACGACGUACCUGUACAUUCAGAUGGAGUACUGCCCCAGGUGCGUUCAGAUGGAGUACUGCCCCAGGUGCGUUCAGAUGGAGUACUGCCCCAGGUGCGUUCAGAUGGAGUACUGCCCUAGGUGCGUUCAGAUGGAGUACUGCCCUAGGACGCUGCGGCAGGUGUUGGAGGCGAGGGGGGGGGACGAGGUGGAUGGCGCGUGGGCGUGGAGGGUGGUGCGGCAGGUGGUGGAGGGGCUGCUGCACGUGCACGGGCAGGGCAUCAUCCACCGCGACCUCACUCCCAACAACCUCUUUGUUGACCCGCGUGGGGACAUCAAGAUCGGCGACUUCGGCCUCGCCAAGUUCUCGGAGCUGGGGGAGGGGGUCGAUGCUGCAGACGCUGGAGAAGAGGCAGAAAGGGAAUUGAGUCCCGAAGGGGGUGCAGAAAGGGGGGGGAGGGAAGGGGGCCCCAUGGGGGAGAGGCGGCAGUCGGCGACGGGGCAGGUGGGGACGUACUUCUACACGGCACCCGAGGUGGAGCAGGGGUGGGCGCACGUGGACGACAAGGCAACUGGGUGGGGUGGGCAGGUGGACAUGUGGAGUGUGGGCGUGGUGCUGCUGGAGUGUUGGCACCCCUUCCACACGGCCAUGGAGCGCGCUCACACGCUCUCAGCCCUCAAGCUGCACCGCACCAUUCCACAUGAGUGGGCGCUCAAGCACCCCCAGGUGGCAGAGCUGGUGAGGCGGCUGCUGAGUCCGCUACCCAGUGACCGCCCGUCAGCAGCAGAGGUGUUGCGAUGCGACCUCAUGCCGCCGCGCAUGGAGGAUGAGGCGCUCAACGGUGGGUGCUUGCACACCACAAACGGUGGGGGUGGGGGGUCACUCUCACUGCCCGCGCUCCUUCUAAACUCCCAUGCUGCAACCUUUCCUGCCUGCACACAACCUUCCCUGCAUGGCUUCCCUGCUGGUGUAUCCUGUGUUCACUCCCAUGACCGUCGCCCUUCCCUCACUCGUGUGUGCCGCUGCGCCCCCCCCCCUGCACUGCGCUGGGGGCGAGCAGGCAUACUGAGGGCCAUCCAGGCGCCGGGGGACGACUCCUCCUCCUCCUCUACUUCCUCGUCGGCGGUGUACGACCGCGUGCUCGCCGCCAUCUUCGCCCGCCUCCCCGCCACGCCUCCCUCCUCCGCGCCCACCCCGCCACCUGUGCGCACGCUGCAUGGGGGGGCCGGGGAGGAGGAGGAGUGGGAGCGGGGGGCGGUGCAGUGGACGGGGGCGAGGGAGGCGUUCAUGGCGGGCGUGCAGUGCAUCUUCCACCGCCAUGGCGCCCUGCGCUCCGACACACGUGUCGUUGACUUUGCCUAUCCCGACCGCCGCACCCAUGAGCUGGCGGUGCGGGUGGUGGACGCACAGGGCUCGCUGCUCUCACUGCGCUACGACACUCGACUCACCUUCGCCCGCUGGGUCGCCGCCACACAGACCUCGUCUCUGAAGCGCUUCCAGUUCUCCUCUGUGUUUCUCCGCGCUCCCGGUCGCCGCCCCCCUCAUGAUUAUCUGCAGGCAGACUUUGACAUUGUGGGAGGGACGCCGGUUCUGGCGGAUGCUGAAGCCAUCAAGGUGGCGGUGGAGGUGGUGGAGGGGAGUGGGGCGGCAUGGGGGGCGGUGGAGGUGCGGCUGAACCACCGCGACCUGCUGUGCGCCAUCUGGCAGUGGGCGGGGGUCACACGCCCGCAGGUCGCCAGUGUCGCCCAGUUGCUGGCGCUGCUGGGCGGCUCUCCCCCCACAGCCCCCUCCCGCAAGGCCGCUGUUUCUGUUCCUGUGCGCCGGCGUGUGUGGGUGAGUGGUGCGGUGCGGUGGCAGGGAGUGGGGCUGGGUGAGGCGGUGGUGGAUCGCCUGCAGGCGGUGGAGAAGCGCUUCAGUGGGCCGGCAGACGAUGCCAUGGCGCGCCUCGCAGGGGCGCUGCCACCAGGUAUGCGCUCACAGGGGCGCUGCCACCAGGUAUGCGCUCACAGGGGCGCUGCCACCAGGUAUGCGCUCACAGGGGCGCUGCCACCAGGUAUGCGCUCACAGGGGCGCUGCCACCAGGUAUGCGCUCACAGGGGCGCUGCCACCAGUGCGCCCUCCUCGUCCACCUCCGCGACCGCCUCCUCUUCCACCACCGCCCGAGCCACGUCCUGGUCCGCCCCCGCUGCUUUCGCCGGUGUUUGUUCCUUUGCGCGCAUGAACGGCAUUGAUGGAGGCAGAUUCACGCAGAAGGCCAGCCUCACUGUCAAGGAGCCAGUCGAUGGUAACAGCCACAGGAGGAGGACGGAUGUGCUGGGAGGUGAAAUUGAUGCGGUAAGUGUCGUAGUGUCCGUGAGGCGCCGAGCGAAGGAAGCAGCGUUGAGGGAGGAGUCCAGUGUGAUGUCUUGGAAGGUUCGGUCGGGAGUGGUGGGGCGUCGGGGGGGGGAGGAGCCUGGGAGUGGGGGCGGAGUGGGGGGGAGGCUAUUAGAGUCGGCGGGAGGUGCGCUGAGCGGCGCGAGGGGCACGGCUGAGCCGGCGGGAGGUGCGCUAAGUGGCGCAAGGGGCACGGCAGAGCCUGCGGGAGGUGCGCUGAGCGGCGCGAGGGGCACGGCUGAGCCGGCGGGAGGUGCGCUAAGUGGCGCAAGGGGCAGGGCAGAGCCGGCGGGAGGUAGAGGGCGCUGCCACCAGGUAUGCGCUCACAGGGGCGCUGCCACCAGGUAUGCGCUCACAGGGGCGCUGCCACCAGGUAUGCGCUCACAGGGGCGCUGCCACCAGGUAUGCGCUCACAGGGGCGCUGCCACCAGGUAUGCGCUCACAGGGGCGCUGCCACCAGGCCCACUGGUGGCGGCGGCACUGGGCGAGCUGGGAGAGCUGCUGGCGCUGCUGCGAGUGUGGGGCAUCCACCCCGCGUGCACCACCAUCGACGCCCUCAUGGCGCCCUCCCACCACUACUUCUCCAAAUGCUUCUUCCAGGUCUCCCCCACCCCCUUCUUCUUUCCCUUAAGCGCCCUCUUUGAUUUUGCUGCUCCUGUUUCCUUCCGUGCAUGUGACAUGCAGCCAUGGAAUGUCCACGCAAGGCACCUGCCGUCUCAACCUCCCCAUCACCAGCACCAGCAGCAGCACCCCGUAAACCCUAUCAGCACCCAGCGCACCACCCUGCCCUCUGAUGCUUCCUUGCCUGGCGCUCGCUCGCUCUCCGCCUCGCCCCCAUCCGCCCUGGCCGCCCCGUGGUCGUCCUCGCCACCCCUCUGCGUGGCUGUGGGCGGCCGCUACGAUGCCCUGCUGCUCCACCUCUCCUCCGCUGCUGCCGCUGGGAGAGGAGCGACAUGGGUAGCUCCACUGCAACGUCCCCAUAUUCCCCUAUUCUUCUUUCUUCAUUCCCUGUUUGCAUGUUGUUCCUUCUCCUUGUUCUCGCCUAGCUCUCGGGCAAGAGGGGCAGGAGGCAGUGGGGGGGGCAGUGGGGGGGGGAGUGGGGCGGUGGGGUUCAGUGUGGCGCUGCACAAGCUCAUGGCGCCGUCACACCCAACCACCCACCACACUUCCAGGCAGGCAGCGGUGGAUGUGCUCGUGUGCGCCAGGGGAGGGGCGGGGCUGCUCAGCGAGCGGAUGGAAGUUUCUGCGCGGCUGUGGGCGGCAGGAAUCAAGGCGGAGUAUGUGAGUGUGCGGGCACCCAGCCUGACGGAGCAGUAUGAGCACGCACACGAGCACGGCAUCAAGUGGCUCGUGCUUCUCACCGAUGCCGGCCUGCACACCCACUCUGCCAAGGUACGGCAUCUAGAUUUGAAGACGGAGGAGGAAGUGAGCCUUGAUGAUUUGGUCAAGUUCUUCCUCGACGCCCUGCCGUCUCUACCCACUUCUCGCCGCCGCGGGGCCACAGCACCAUCUGGUUCUGGCGCUGCUUGA